AUGGAUCUCAAAGUGAUCAGCGUGCUCUCCAUCAUCCUCGUUGCAGGCCUCAGCAUCUUGGCAGAGGGAAAGACAUUACCAACAAGAUGCCAAUGUAAAGUGGCCCCCAGGGAGCGGAAGGACUGCGGCCACCCAGGAAUGUCGGCAGUGGAGUGCAGGAAAGCUGGGUGCUGCUUUGACGCUUCAGUCUCAGGCCUUCCCCGGUGCUUUGCUCCUAAAGCAAAGAAAGUUAGGAAAGUAUGUCCCAACAAUCCUGACAGCAGGAGGAACUGUGGCUUCCCUGGCAUCACGGCUAAGGAGUGCGAAAGGAAGGGGUGCUGCUUCAGGGCAUAUCCUGCUGGUGUCCCCUGGUGCUUCUACCACCGCGUGGUGGAGCAAGGAGAAACUGCCGCCGAGAACCUUGCGAUCUUUGGACCUAUUCCAAUGGGAAACAACAGCCGGAGGCCCCAGCUCAGACUUUAUAGUCUGUAA